GCAGUGCACACGGGACCAAAUCGGUGACGGAACAGUCUGUUUCCGGUACACAUGUCAACAUAGAGCACACACGCGUGUUGGUGUGAAAAUGGUAAGCCCAGUGGUUUGUCGUAGAAAAUCUAGUUUUUUUAGGUGUGUUAUUUAAAUUCCCAGUGUGUUUUAGUUAAUCUGAUUGUUGUGUUUUCUUCGUUGACGUGUUUUAGCCGAAGGCUCCGAAGGGAAAAGCAGCAGAGAAGGUUGUUCACCCGUUCAGCAGGAAAGCUGCUUACCUCGCCCGAGAAGAAAUAAGACUGAAGAAGAAAGAGAGGUGUGUGAAAAGGGAAACAAAGGUGCUGCAGAUAACAUGUAGUCUGAUCUGUGAGGUGGUGACAUACUAACAAGUGUGUGCGUGGUGGAUAGAAAUAGAUAGGGGAGAGUGGGGUAAGCUGAGCCAAAGGGUAAGUUGAUCCACCCCCUGUUGCUUGGAAAUGGUAAAAGAAAUUGAACAUGUGACCAAAUAUUGAGGAGAUGGGCAUCAAUUCAUGGAGCCUGUGAAGGUUAGAAGCACAUGGGGGUAGAGGUUAGACAUUUAUUUCCAAAAAAACAUUUUUUUCACUCUUGAAAGUGAAUUUAGUCUGUCAUAAGUUUUAUUAGAAUUGUGUUCAGACCAAAAAAGAUCAUUUACAUUUGUUUUAUACAUCAGUUGUGGUAUCUAUGCGCUACAACAUGAGGUCAAAAACCAACAUAAAAGUCCACCAUUUUAGCUUAGAGGACUAAUAAAGUCAUCAUAGUAGUUCUGGGGGAAGUUUAGCCAUUUGGCCAGGAGUAAGUUGAGAGUAAAGGAGUCUGAUGAGAGGAUCAGAGUUUCAGUUCAGAUUAUUGAAAUGUGUUUCUUUUUCUUUUCAAAAAAAUACAGCUGUGAAUGUUGUGAAUCACUUAAAGACAUUCUCAUGUUAAAAUGACUUUUUACAAAACAGCUUUUUAGCAGUUAUAUGCAAUAAUAAUAAAAAGAGUAAUUAUUGUACCAGUUGAAUAGCGUAUAAUAGAUAAAAAUACACCUGAAUAUGAAGAAGUGACGGUUAUUUAGGGAGAGAGAAGGUGAGGGAGGGCUGGGGUGGAGGGUAAGUUAACCAUAGGAGACCACUUUUUUUGGCAUGCUGUAUUAUCAAGACAGUUAUGUUUACACUCAUUCUGUUGGUUUGCAGGGAUGCACAACAUCUUGAAAUAUAUGCAGAUACACAAGUUAGAGACAAAACUAUGAUUGCCUUGAUGUAGUGAUCUGAAAUAUGAAAAACGGUUCAUCUUACCCCACUCUCCCCUACAGCAUUUCUAGAAUAUUGGGGAGAUGUGUGAAGUGUUUCGGAAAAUAGAAUUUGAUGAAUUACAAACUAUUUGAACCUUUCAUUUUAUCUUAUUUUCUAUUUUUUUUGCUUCAGGCAGAAAAAUGACAAGGCAACACGUCUGAGCGGUAUCGGUAAGUUUAUCUAUCAGUACAUCUGGACCCGGUGUAUCAAUGAGAAGCGACACUAUAUUAGAUAUUUUAAAUUAAUUUUGUUCCACGUUGAGAAUAAGUUAUCCUAUAGUACAUAUCUUGACUUUGAAAUGGACUAACAACAACUGUUACUGCUUUAGCAACUUUGUGUAAGGGAGUCUGUGGCAACAAGAAACUUUGUUGCUGUUGUUAUUUUAUUGUGUUGCGUGGGUUACUAUGAGUUCCUACAAUGUCGGCCCAAUAUGUUGCUCAUUUCCAUUGUUGUUUUGAGUUCCUCAACUGUAGGCUCCCUGUGCUGUUGUAGAUAUUUUCCUGGUUGGAUUUCAGUAUUGGUUUAUAUUGUGUCAUUCUGAUUAACUUGUUCUCUGAUAUAUUUUGAGUUUUGGUUUCUUGCUCUGUUAUGAUACGUUUUGUUGAUCAAAGCACUGCCAAACUCAUGUUUUUGAAGGUGUUACUUAAACUAAAAAAUACAACAACAUUAAUUAUUUUGACUAUUUAUUCAAUUAAUGUUUUUAUUUGGGGAAUUAUCGUGCAAUAUGAUUAAACAUAUGUACUGUAAUGCUUGUUAACGGUCUGUACUUGUAGAACUUCCCUUGUCUAGUAGUGCUAAAAGUGGGCAGCACUUAGUAUUGUAUGCUCAGAUUUCACACCACUCUGUCGCUGAAUAUGAGGAUAAACUCGCUCUUUUUUCAAUCUCUUUUCUGUCUUUGAUUCACAGGUGAGAAACUGUUGUGGUUUCAAGGACAGUUGGAUCCAGAAAAGACUUUGUACAGCAAAAAAGACGCCUGUAACAUCAUUGAAAGGUGAAAGGUCCAGUUAUGCUACUUUUUUGCCCCUUACUAUUCUCAAGUUUAAUCAGUGUUUUUGGCACAAAAAAGCAAAUGUUUACCAAAACAACAUGUGUUUCAUGUGUGCACACAGGUACCUCCAUAGGUUUGACUCUGAACUUGAGCAGAUUGAGCUGAUGAACGGGAUCAAAGGUCGGCAAGGUCGUCUCCACGGUGCCAGAGAGGCUGUCAUCAAACAGACAUUUGAGCGAGAGAAUGCACAAUAUGAAGGCGUCGGAUUUGGUGAGUCCUUCAUAUAAAUACAUAUACUAGCAUGCUGUAAUCAUGAACAAAGGCAUUGAUGGGAAAGACCCAACUAUUCUGUGUUUGAACCUUUUUCAGAGAUCCCGGAUAUCAUCAAUGCAAAACAUUUAAAAACAUUCAGGUAAGAUGAGUUCAGCCACUUCUGUUAUCUGUUAAUGAAUUGACAUGUCACUAUAAAUACUAGAAGCAGAUUUGGGCCAUUUUCAUAAGUGAUCCCAAAUCAGAAACUGAAAUCAGGCCCUGACAUUUCACAAUGCAAUCUGGAAGUUCACAUAGGAGUUAAAACAACUUUUAUGGCCCAAGACAGCAUUAAUCAUAACGAUGACAAUAGACAAACAUCGUAACGACAAUAUCCAUAAGUUUAAGAUGAAAUCUGUCCUGAAGCCAUUUAUGGCACUAAUCUGCCACUCCUGGCGCUGAGUCUACAAUCAGGCAGAGUAGAAUUAGCUCCACAAACUGCAAUCAUCAAAUAUCUGUGACUUGAAUUUCAUAUUAAUGUUUAAAUGAAUCCAUGUUCAGCAAUUUGAGCAGCCGCUGUGCUUACCCACCCACGUGGAACUAUCAAAUAGAGGAAACAGUAAAAGUUCCUCUUACAGGAAGCCUAAAUUCUGACGCCAGCAUGACUUGGACUUGUGAUUUUAACCAUCAAGAUGUGCUUAGGAGACAUCUCAUCACGUAACAGUUUUCUAUGCUUUUAUUUUGAAAGGGAGUGGACAGGUGAUCUGAAGAAACUUCCAAAUAUCAAACUGCGAAAGUUUUCUAAACAAGAUUUGGACACAAAGACAGAACAGAAAGAGAAACAGGAUAAAGACAAGGACACUAAAGAUGAUGGAGGAGAUCUAGAUGAUGAAGGAGAUCUAGAUGAAGAGGAUCUGGAUGAUGAUGAGGACCUGGAUGAUAAAGGAGAUCUGGAUGACAGUGUGCUGAUGUCAGACUGAAACUGAGGCCUGCUUUGUGUCGUAGCUUCACAGUAGAGCUGAACAUGAAACCAGCCUACAGCAGAGACUUCUCAGUAGUAGUGUAUUAUGAGAGACAAAAGCUGCCACUCCAUGGCUGUCCUGGAGGUGGCGCCAAACUGUCAGCAAUGAGAAACUAAAUCUGAAACAGACUUUUUGAUGCUCAGUGAUUUCACUCCAUCCUGUGAGGGGAUCUACAUUCACUGUUUAUUGCACAAAUAAAUACACAUUGUAUGUAACCUGAAUCCAUAUUAUCCAACCAGAAAUAGAAAAAGAGAUUUCGACAAAUCUGUUGUGUGCUCUCAACUUCAGUUGAUACAAGGUGCACAGAUUAUUUCCUUGAUGACAUUGGUCCUGAAACCAGCUUAAACCUGUGGAAAAGCAGUAAACAACAUUCGUCUCUUUGACAGUUCAAACAUUCACACAUGUUAUAUUAACUGAUGGCAACAGUAAAAGAUUGAAUUACAUCAGUGUAUAAAUGACAGGACCUUGCAGACAGGACCAGAGAAGCUGACACCAGCUGACAAAAAAACACCAGGAACAUCCUGGCUGCUAGAGAGUCGCUAUUUUAAGAAAUACUCAAAGUUUCCCAGUGACAGUGAACAAAUUCUGCUUCUUCAAAGCAGUAAAACAUUUCCAUUUCAUACUGAGCUAAAGUUACUGUUUAAAUAAAUGUUUCUCUAUUCAUCACAUCUGUCUCUUUGGUGUCUGAAAACCUGAUUGUCCUGAAGGCCUCAGUAUGCUUUCAAUAAAAGCGCUUGUUGGAUUGUCGACCACCUUUGGUAACCUGUGUUCAUAUACGCCCUCCUCAGGUCACAACCGGCAACUGUUUAAUUCAGAUGUGUUUAGUUCACAGUCAAACUCUUCUUCACCACCCUUCAUCUAUCAUAUCUAAUGUCUGCAGUGAAAUAAAUGCCUUUAAAUAGAGUCUUUCUGAAAGUGUACACCAACAUUUCCAUUUCGAAAUUGCCAAAUCUUUGACUGUUUUUCAGAGAGAGAAAGUUUUUACAUUUGCAACACAGAACAAAAAAUGUGACCGGUUUUAAACUAACAUGUCUGUACCUGCAGACACCUCGAGAAGUUAGGAAACAAUCACUAACAGCCCAUCAGGUUCCACACUAAUCCAUUUCAGCAGUAAUCAAUUAGAGAUCUUCUAUCUUCAUUACUCACAACCUCCAAGCUCCACCACCUUCAAGGAGAGGCUCUGGAAGUUUAUCUCAGUAUGUGCGAUCACUCGCCUCACCCUUCGCACAAAUCAGCCACAAACUUUCCUGAAGUUUGUGGCUUUUAGCUACUUGGUUACAGGAUGUUUACUAUGGGUUAGUUUGAAGUAUACUGAGACCUUCAACAGCAUCCACAGGGUGUAUUUUUUUUACUUGUAAUAGUGCAGUCUGAGAAAGUGCAUAUAAGAAUAAAAUUAAUGUUAAUUUACCACAUAAAUACAGAAUUUAUAAAAGCUCCUUUCCUG